AUGUCGGAGCUGCAGCAGCUGCAGCAGUGUGACAUCCCAGCAGCCAGGCAGGUCCUGCGCGACAACCAUUGCAAUCUCCACCGGGUCGCUGACUACUGUGAGAGCAACUAUGUGCAGGCGAGUGAUAAGCAGAAGGCGCUGGAGGAGACAAUGGCAUUUAGCACUCAGUCCCUGGCCAGCGUAGCGUACCAGGUCAGCAGCCUGGCCACCACUUUUCUCCAGCUGCUAGACCUGCAGGUGGCCGAGCUGCAGAAGGUGGAGGCCAACAUCAGCUGCGUGGCUCAGGUGAUUGACAUGCACAAGGAGAAAGUUUCUCGACGGGAGAUUGGGUCAUUGACCAUCAGCAAGAGGUUUCCAGCCCACCAGAAGAUCAUAUCACCUCCUGGCCCACCCUGCCUGGAGCCCUACUACAGGAAACCCCUCAACUUUAGCAUCCUGGAUGACAUCGGUCAUGGCAUAAAGGACCACAGCACCCAGCUCUCCCGCACAGGCACCCUGGCUCGGAAAGGGGUUAAGUCAGCCACACAGUCUGCAGGCACCCUGGGGAGGAGCACCCGUGUCCCUGAGCCCAUACAGCCACCUGUGGUUCCUCCGGGAAAGCUCUCCACAGCCUCGUCCACCUCUUCUCUGACAUCGGUCAGCUCAACUGGAGCCCUGGGAGACACUGGUGAAGGCAUCCCUGCAGCACCACCGCUCCCGUCCCUCCCAGGGCCACCUCCCCUGGUUGCAGCCACUGUCCUGCCACCCUUACCUCUCCCCACAGACCUACCCCCCCCACCGCUGGGGGACUUGGCCUUGCCCCCACUGGACAUCAUCCCCCCAGUUUCUGAUAACCUCAACCCACCGCUGCUGCCACCACCAGCUUUGCCUGACUUUGAGGAUUUCACCCCACCACUGCCGCCAGAUGUGGAGGAGCCCCCCUGGGUCCCAGCGAGCUACCUGGAGAAAGUGGUGACCCUCUAUCCCUAUGCACAGCAGAAAGACAACGAGCUCUCCUUCCAGCCCGGGGCCCUCAUCUACAUCACGCGGAGGUACUCGGAUGGAUGGUGUGAGGGCAUCAUGGGCGAGGAAGUAGGUUUCUUCCCUGGCAAUUAUGUGGAGCCCUUCUGA